AGCCGUAAAGCGAUGCUGACCUCAACUUGGAAGCGAUAUGAUUGGUCGAGAGACUAACUACGGGCAACAUUGUGAACAUUGCGCAAAAAAGGAAAAGGGCUUGGCCUAUCAAACGCCCUUCAACCUCAACCGAAGCCGUGUUAUUGUAUGUCUUGAUUACCUUUUUCGAUUUUAUUCCUGAUCUCACGGGAGAUUUCUGCAGAAUAUCCUAACUUCCAGAGUGUCUAUUAGACAACUAGCGAUUGAUCCGGGAGGAAAAGAGAAAGGGAUCAAUUUUUCCCUUCCUACAAGAACGGAUACCUACUCUUUCUGCAUCUUUACAGAAAGAAGUUAAACGUCGAGAUCAAAAUCCCUCUUUUUCUCUUCUCUAAUAUUCAUAUCCCCUAUCUCAGUCAGUUCUUGAAAGUCCGAAGAAGAAGAAGAAGAAAACAUGGUCCGCAUCAAACAUCGCUACCUCCUCAUCGACAUCCUCUACCCAACUCCUAGCUCUGAUAUCCCAUCAGCAGCAAAUGCCAAGGCCAGCAAAGGAGGUAAUCCAGACAUCCAAGCGCAUUUGCGAAUCCAUGCUCCCACGCCAGAUACGUUGAGUCCGGGCCUUUUGGCCAAGAUGGUUCGCGAGGAGGUCUCGGAGAUGUUUGGUGAUUGGGGGGUCGGUAGGUUAGGUGGUGCGGGGGCGGGGGGUGUUAGUGUAAAAUACCUCUCCCCCGCCACAUCAACCGCCAUAAUCCGCUGUCCACGCGCCUCCUUCCGUCUCGUCUGGGCCGCGCUAACUUACCUCUCCUCUAUCCCGGCGUCGAAUCGUCGUUCGGGACCCGGCUCCGGUGCGCGGUCGUGCGUGUUUCGCGUCGUGAGAGUUUCGGGGACGAUGCGGAAGGCGGAAGAAGAGGCGAUUAGGCGCGCGAGGAGGGAGGUUGUGAGGAUGAGGAAGGGGGAGGAGGAUAGUGUUUUUGAUUUUGGGAGGGGGGAUGUGGAUGGGGGGAAUGUGGUGGGGAGUGAGGAUGAAGAAGAUGAAGAGGAGGAGGAGGAUUUGGGUAUGGGUAUGGAGGAUGAGAGUGAUUGAUUAUUGAUUAUGAGGAGGGGGUUGUGGGGUGUUCUUUUUUUUUGGUCUCUGUGUUUGUUGUUGGUGUUGGGAGUUUGUGAUUGUUCCUAUGUAUACAUUGGAGAUACCCGAAGAUUUACUACUGUACAUAUAUUCAAAAAUGAU